AAAUCAACAAAAGAAAAAAGAGUGAUUUCAGUGAAGAGAGAGAAGAGAAAUCAACGAAAAGAAAAUUCAACAGCGCGUGAUUAGAAGACCAAUGAAUUAAUAAUUGUUCAUAUACGACUGUUGACCAUUGCUCCAUUUUCAUUAGGUUUCUCUUCAUUUUCUUUCGCCAUGUUUGUCGAGAUCCCCUCCUUCUACCCAUUCUUAUGAGAUUGCUUAUAAUUCCAAUCCUUCCGAUCAUUAUCUUUUUUGGGACCUCACUGGAUUUCAUCGUGGCCUCCUUGGAUUCGUCAUCUGGGUUUCGUUGGAUCUUUUCGAUUCUUCUUUCAAACUGAGUCAGGAAAUGAUGGGAGGACAAUCUAGCAAAAACAAGUCAGGUAGUGGAGAUAUUUCUCCCCCGCCCCUUCCCAUCGAUGAUUCUCAGUAUGUUGCUGCUCUUAGUUCAUAUGAAGCUGAGUGUGCAAACAAUCCAGAUUUGCAAUCCUUUGAUGUUCAAGUGCACGAACGGACGAACCGAGCUAUCAAUUCACUGGCUAAUGGAGUUGCGAUUGGAUCAUUGUCGAUGGAUGCACUCAUGGAGGUCACUGACUUUUUACUAGAAACGAAUGGAGAUGCUGUCAAGAUUAUCCUUGAAAGUAAAGAGGAUGUGUGGAACAAAGAGUUGUUUAGCCUUGUGAAGGCAUUCUUUGAUAACAGCCUCAAAACAUUAGAAUUCUGCGCGGCAUUGGAGCAGAGUCUACGACGCACACGGGAUAGCCAGUUCAUCAUUAAACUUGCUGUCGGAAAGUUUGAGAGUGAUGAGAAUGGAGAUAAUGAUGAGAGAUAUGUUAAAACAUUGGAGGAAUUGAAGAGGUUUCAAGAGGCUGGGGAUCCAUUCGGUGAGGAGUUUGUUAAGUUGUUUCAGUCCUUCUACAAGCAGCAUUUGUCUAUGUUCAAGAAGUUGCAACGUCAAAAGAAGAAGCUUGACAAAAAAUAUAGCAACGUGAAGACAUGGAAGACAGUGUCGAAUGUCAUUUUGGUUACUGCAUUUGCUUCUGUACUGGUAUUUUCCGUUGUAGCAGCUGCGAUGUCUGCACCUCCCGUGGUGAUUGCAUUGGCUGCUGCACUAGCUGUUCCAAUGGGCCCAGUCGGGAAAUGGUGUAACACGCUCUGGAAUCGAUACUUGAACAGCAUUAAAGUUGAGAAGCAACUUAUGAGCUCUUUGGAAGGUCACAGUUUCAUAAUUCUGAAGGACUUCGAGAACAUUAGAUUACUUGUGCACAGGUUAUCGAUUCAGUUAGGUUCAUUGUUGCAGAAUGCCAAUCUUGGCAUUAGGGAACAGGGUGCUAUGCAGCUUGUAAUAGAUGAGAUCAAGAAAAACCUUGCAGGAUUUGAUGAGACCAUUGAGAAGUUGAGUGUACAUGCUGCUAAAUGCAGCUCAGAUGUAACAAAGGCAAGAACAGUAAUUCUUCAGAAAAUAGCAAGGCAAUCUAACAGCUGAUAACACAACCCCUUCAAUCAAAUUUGCUUGUGUCUCAUCAGUUGCUUUUGCCGGUAUGCUACUUGGUUAGCAUCGAAAAAUAGAAAAGGAAGAGAAGACUAAGAUGGCCAAUAAAGUGUUCAUAUACUACUCAUCUUAGACCCAAAAGAUCGGAAUCUUUAUUCUCGAAGAUAUUGAGAUGUCGUGUCAAGGUGAAUUUGCUCACUCGAUCGAUAUUUAUUUAUGAUAAGCUUUGAACAUGUUGGGAUUAACAAGGAUUUAGUUUCCUCUUUAUCUCUUCUUUCUAUUCGGUUUUAUGUAUUUAAACUGUGACCAAGGCAGCAGGAGGUGUGGGAAUGUAUAAUAACUUAAUCUCUUUAGUCUUUAUUGUUCUCUUUUGAGAAGUAUGUGGAGUAGUUCCACCCGGCUAUCCAUUAUGAACAUACUCUACUGGUUUGUCCCAAAUCAAGUUUUUGCAUCAUCAUUAUUAUAAUGUCUGAAAAUCAGAGCAUCGAUUAUAGUAUAGAAAAUUCUUGGGGUAUUUAGAGUAUGGAGUUGAGUUAUGAAGUCUGGAACUAAUAUGUUGGAGUUAGGAAAUUUGUAUUUGAAAGGUAUAGUUGUAAGAUCAAGUACCUUGAUAAGUGUGCAAAAUAAAGAAAAAGAAGACUAAAGUUUCUUGAUAAA